AUGGCCGAACGAUUUGGGAAAUGUGAUAAUUUUGACCUGCUUGAUACCUCAUCCGGCGUAGCGUUCAAUACUCUUCUCACGUCACGGAUCGAUGAUCCAAUCUUGCAGGUCACAGUUCACUCUCCAGUACAAAACUCCAUACUUUCAUCUGCCCAACAGUCUAUCAUCCCUCCUAGUCCAAACAAUCGACUGCUCUCCAUACAGAUGCCUAAUAUCGGGUCUUCUAUCCCUGCUCCAAACCCGCGAUCGCAAAUAUUCGCCUCUCAUACCUCAUUACAAGAUUUGACUCGGGAAGGUCUACCUAAAGUGCGCGACAAACCUACUAGUCCACCUAAAGCAGAAGAAGUAGCCUUUCGUCAGACACAACCCAGAGAUAGACGACGUAAUAUCCCUCGUCCACUCGCUCUACAAUCCAACACAGCUCCCAGUGCGCCAUCAUCUCUGCGGAAUUGCUUUUUCGCCUCUGAUACUCUGAGCACUCCGGGAACUCCAGGUACACCAAUGGGUGAGAUGUUUAAAGGUGAGAGGGGUCUCUUGGGACCUUCCAAUCCAUGGAAGGGGAAAAGAAGCGAAGGAAGAGUUUGGGGAAUGUUACCUUUCCAAGUGAUUCAUCGGAUAUUCGACUUUGCUUUAGAGCAAAAUGUUAACUCCACACUCUCAUACACUUGUCGAUCUAAAGAAAUCGAUUACCAUCCCUUCUGGCAUCGGUAUACAAGACUCAUGAACCCCACUCGACACUACGCUCAUGUAUCCCCAUUCCUUCGCGCUCGAUCCACCAUGAACACAUGUCUGGCUUGUCGGAUUCUCUACCCAACCUCUACACCAAGCACGACAUCUCCCAAAUCAUCCUUCUAUCACCCUUUUUUCAAGGAUAUCUCUCUUUGUGGCAAACAUCAACAGUCCAUAUGUAUGCACUGCUUCCUUCCCUCUCAUUCAGAUAACAGGGAUAUGUUCCUCCGUCCUCAUCAUCGAGACAUGUCUGCCACCGAUUCCAUCUGUUCUUUACCUGAAGGACUCAUCUGUUGGAGAUGUAGAUUCACAUCUGUCGGAUUACACAUCCAUCAAGAACUUUCCACAAUCGCAAGGACGGGGCCCCUAAGGGGAACCACCAUUGAUUACUACCAACAUCCCGCCGCGACAGUUUAUAUCCAAUACGCGAUGGGUACGGCCAAAGCGGUGGCCAAGCGGGUGGUCCUGGAUCGAUGGUUGAUGGACCAGACUCGAUGGACGGAAUUGGAAGGGACUGUGAGACUUUUGCAACAACACGAAGUGUAUCUAUGGCGGCGGUAUCAGGCGAACAAGCAAAGAGAGACCAAGGAAGAGGUCAAAAAGCGGCAGGACUUGUUAGCAGAGCUGUGGGGGAUCGAAACGAAUGCCCAGGAUGAUCAAAGGGAGAGAGAAAUGGUGUACCGAGUGUUCGAAUAUUCCUCGGGGAUUGGUCAGACGCCUCCGAUGGUGAAGUCUGAAUUUCUAUCCGUACCGAGUUUCAGUAGGAAGUACUCCAAUCUCCUUUGCGAAGCCUCCCUUUCCGAUUUCAUCAACGAUCGAUUCAACUUUGGUUUCUGGCUUUCUCCCACUGCAGAAAUCACCGAGCUCUUGCGUCCCUCUAAUGAUGCUACUUGCCUACAAAGCAUCGUGGAGGGAGUACAACAUCCGCUUGGUGAAGGAGGCGAUACCACCGUCGAACUCGCUUAUGCUCAACGGGCCGGACUUUUUUCACUUGUUCCAGGUAACAAAUCCACUAUUGCGACUGACCCUUUUUUACCACCUGCGAGUUUGGUAAACGCUCUGGAGAAGAGGUGGGAGACAAAAUUGAGAGAAACACUUCGUCGACCUUUGUUAAGGUCUCUUCAAUUAGAUGGGAGGGUCAGAGAUACUUGUUUGGCAAAAGAAGCAUUGGACAGAUUAUCAGAAACGGAAGCAUGGGUAUCUUAUCGAGAUACAAAUUUCUCUGUUCCCACAAGUUCAAAAUUCCUUCAACUCGACACUCCACCAGAACCUUCAAUCCUCUCCGACCUUUCUCAGUACACCGACAUACAUACGCCCGGUAUUGAAAAUGUCGAACCCCAAUCCCAUGAGCAUGUUUCUGAUCAACAAACGCCGGGAAAGAUCGAUAACAAUAUGUCAAGUCGGUCAUUGAUAGAGACUCCUCAGAGGUCAAACAUUAUCUCGAAAGCGGAGAAUCAAAGUGAAAAGUCACAGAGGAAUCGCACAUUAUCACCUUUGGAUACAGGAACGAAAGAUUGGCUUCCUACACCACCAGGAUCGACCUCACCGCCGUACACUUCGAGGUUCAUAGACCAAUUAGUCUUUCCCCGCGAUCCUCGAGUGGAGUGUGUAGAGAAAAGAGAUAAUGAGGAAAGACCACUCACGCCUAUUUCACCAGAGAUGGAAAUGUCAAGGAAGAGAAAGUUGUCUGAAGAUCCAGAGUUGGAACAUCCCAAUAAGAAGGUAUUUCUGGAGAACCAAACGGAACCGCUCAGUACUGCAGGAUCCCAAGAUCCGCCCAUCACAUCACAUGACCAAUCCAUGGUCUGUGCAUCCGUUGAUGCAAUGGAGGAGGGGAAGGAUUCGUCCCAGGUAAACUAUUCAAAGUUUGAUCAAGAUUCGUCCGGCUCAACAAAGGAUGAAACCCCUUCCACUUUCAUUCCCAUCGCCAACAGUGCAGUUCAGAACAUGACCAACCAAGAUAUCACAAUGAACGAUAACACUAUGGGUCAAACACAAAAUACAGAUUCCGUUAUUUCCCUAUUAGACUAUUCUGAUCUUUGGGAAGAUGAGGAGGACAAUGGUGAUGAUAUAGGAAUCGUACCUCAUGUACCUCAUCCUUCCGCCGAAUUGGACCUGAGGACAGCACAAAUAUUAGCGGAUUUGAUGGAAGAAGUAAGGAAAGAUAUCCCGCCUCCGAAAUCUGAUUGUGAAUGUGGAAUGUGUGAGAGAGUGUAUCAAAGAGUUUUGUCAGAUUGGUGGCAGAGACGGUGAGAUGUAGAACGGGUUUAGGACAUGACUGGGUGAAUGAGAUAGAGGGAGAUGGUUUAGCGGCAAAACGUGAGAUGAUUGAUAAGUCCUCCAUGAUCCAUGACAAGUUGGUGAAUUAGCGGGUGACACGUAGGUGGAGUGAGGUGGAGGAUGGGUCAGUAAGCACUUCUGAGACCUGAAUGUUGGAGAGGGCGGGCGUCCCAGGGCGGAAAGUACAGAU